UCAUGCUGCUGCCAAGGUCCACAGUCUCGUCAUGGGUCCCUGUAACGGCCUCCCAUUGCUGCUGUCUCCAUCGCCACCCUCUGCCCAUGUGCCACUUUCAGGUCUCCUCACACUGCUGGUGUGUUCCAUUUUUUGUCAUAGGGUGCUGGCAGAUUACGGGCCUCCCAUAGCUGCUGCCAGGCCCCUAAUCUGCCAUGGGCCCCUGUACCGCCUCCUCAUGCUGCUGCCAGGUCCAGAGUGUGUCAUGGGUCCCUGUACGGCCUCCCAUUGCUGCUGUCUCCAUCGCCACACUCUGCCAUGUGCCACUUUCAGGUCUCCUCACACACUGCUGGUGUGUUCCAUUUUUUGU